AUGGAUAACUGCAAGGCUAUGUCUACUCCAAUGGGAUCCGGAACUUAUGUUGAUCAAGAUGAAUCAGAUGUCUCAAUUGAUAUCAGAAAGUAUCGAGGUAUGAUUGGCUCUUUAUUAUAUUUGACGACAAGUUGUCCUGACAUAAUGUUUAGUGUUUGUUUAUGUGCUCGCUUUCAAGCAAAUCCAAAGGAAUCACAUCUCAUCGUCGUUAAAAGGAUCAUGAAGUAUCUCAAAGGGACAACAAAUUUUGGACUAUGGUAUCCUAAAAGUAGUAUUUACAAUUUAGUUGGAUAUUCUGACGUUGAUCAUUCAGGAAGUAAAACUGAUAGAAAGAGCACUAGUGGUACAUGUCACAUUCUUGGAAAUGCAUUAGUAUCAUGGGCUUGCAAGAAACAGGCAUGUGUUGCUCUUAGCACUACCGAAGCAGAAUACAUAGCAGCAGUGUUUCAUUCUGUUGACGGAGAGUCUCCACCAAUGCGAGCAAUUGGGUUAAAUCGGGUGGUAGAGGUAGUUAUUGUUUGUCCCCUUCCUCAUGGAGGAAGUCUCCUUUGUACUCCUUCAACCAUCAUUGAGUGA